UAAACUGUCACACUAAAUAAAGUUUAUCAAUUGACCUUUCUUCGUCGUCAUCCGGGCGCUUACAGACAUCACAUAGCGCAUGCGCAGUUCGCCUCUGUGGUUCGACCUCUGCAGUCGACAGAUCCCGGGCUUCAGACUGAUUUGACCACAGCGGUACUAACUACCUACACAACAAGAUGUAUGCCUGCGCAAAGUUUGUCUCCACGCCGGCUUUGGUCCGUGCUGGAUCCCGGGCUCUGUACAGACCCAUCUCUGCUUCUGUGCUGUCUCGACCAGAUGUCCAAACAGAGAAGAGUGCAGUUGUGCUGCCACAGAGCCCUCUCUCCCAGGUCACACUGAGGAGCUUUCAGACCAGUGCUGUGAGCAGGGACAUCGACACCGCAGCCAAGUUUAUUGGUGCUGGAGCCGCCACAGUUGGAGUAGCUGGAUCUGGAGCUGGUAUCGGUACAGUCUUCGGCAGUCUCAUUAUUGGCUAUGCUAGGAACCCAUCUUUGAAGCAACAGCUUUUCUCUUAUGCCAUCCUGGGAUUUGCCCUGUCUGAAGCUAUGGGACUGUUCUGUUUGAUGGUUGCUUUCCUUAUCCUGUUUGCAAUGUAAAAUUAUGCUUCCUUUGAAUACAGAUGUAACUACAUAUUUUAUUGUGGCUACCAAUUUGUUCUUUGUUGGUGUCAUGAAAAUGUACAUUUUCAGGUCUUUCAGACACUGUUAAAAUAAGCAAACAUGUAUUGUACAAAUGUAAGACAUCAUGUUAUUAAAAUACAUGUAUUUGA